UAAACAAUAUAUUUUGACGAAUUGGCAUGAAUUGACAAUUUUUGAACUUCAUGGAUUUAAAAUGAAAUUAAAUUUCAUAAAAACAAUCAUGAAAUGUAUAAAAUAGUAAAGGUUUCUUUGCAAAAAUAUGAAGUAUGCAAACUUAUGAGAUGUCAUUCAAAAAUCGUACCCAAAAGUGAGUGUGAUUCCUAUGAUCGAAAAUACACUGUUGCCAACCAACCAGGAGGUCUCAAACGAAGACCACACAGAAAUUCAACCUACUGUCCCACUAUCAUUGGAAACAUUGAAAAAAUUCCAGAAUGACUUUUACGGUGAUCCCAAAAAUGAGUUGGCACAGAAUGUAUGCACAAGGUUUGACCCCUUUGAAGUGGCCAUUAGCAGGAAAAAGGCAGACUGCACGCUACACAAUUACAACAUUAAAGUGGAGUCGGAAGGCAAACCUGUGACGAAUCAAGAGCACUCUGGACGAUGCUGGCUGUUCGCGGCACUCAACGUGAUGCGACUGCCUUUCAUGAAGAAAUACGCCAUCGAGGAGUUUGAGUUCUCGCAAAGUUAUCUAUUCUUCUGGGACAAGAUAGAAAGGUCCCACUACUGGCUGAACAACAUCGUCAUCACGGCCAAGGAAGGCGAACAGCUUGACGGGAGGCUGCUCAACUUCCUUCUCAAGGACCCUAUAAACGAUGGCGGGCAAUGGGACAUGAUUGUGAACCUGGUGAACAAGUACGGCGUGAUGCCCAAGAAGUGCUUCCCGGAGUCGUUCAGCUCGAAGCGCAGUCUGCACAUGAACGCUCUCAUCAAAACCAAGCUUCGUGAAUAUGCGAAACAGUUGAGAGAUAAGGUGGCCGCAAAAGCUUCCUAUGAGGAAAUUCAAGCUACGAUUAACAAGCAAAUCGCGGUGAUUUACAACAUCGUCGCCACAUGCUUAGGUACACCUCCAGAGAAGUUCACAUUCGAGUUCUACAACAAGGAGAAGGCGUACAACAGCUUCGGACCUCUGACACCCAAAGAGUUCUAUGAAACCCACGUGCGCCCGCUCUACGAUGUCAAUGAAAAGGUGUGCCUAGUGAACGACCCGCGGGAUUCGAACCCGUUCGGCCAACUGUACACGCUGCAGUGUCUCGGCAACGUGGUCGGCGGCCGGCUCACCGCCUACAACAACCAGCCCAUCGAGGUUCUCAUGAAAGCUGUACAGGACAGCAUAAAAGCCGGCGAGGCGGUCUGGUUCGGCUGCGAAGUGUCCAAACGAUUCGAAAGGAAAAACGGAUUGGAAGAUCUUGAUGCUCACGACUACCGCCUAGUGUUCAACACUGAGGUGCAGAUCGGGCUGGAGAAGAAAGACAGGCUGCUGUACGGCGACUCGUGCAUGACACACGCGAUGGUGUUCACCGCGGUCGGCACUGAUGAGCAAGGAAAUCCGUUGAAGUUCCGUGUGGAAAAUUCAUACGGCGACAAAGAAUACGACAAGGGAUAUUUGCUGCUCACCGAGCCUUGGUUUAGGGAAUUCGUUUUCGAGGUGGUGAUAGAUAAAAAAUACGUGCCAUCGGAGGUGCUAGACGUUUUCAAACAGGAGGCUAUAGUGUUGCCAGCCUGGGACCCGAUGGGCACUCUGGCCUGCCCCGUCUGCUCCAAAGAAUAACACUACGUGAACAUUAGUUUCAAUUUUAAGGCUGGAACUGCAAGCAAUAACAAUAAAUAAUUCUAUAACCUAUCGGGGAAGGAAAAAAAAUUGUAAUGUAGGUAUACCCAUUUUUAAUAAUGUCUAUUGUGUUUGUUGACCACAAAAUAGGCAGUAUUUGAAAUGGUAUAUUUGUCGACAAUGCUCGCUUUGAAGUUGAAACUUUUUUUUUCUAACAUCAUUUAAAGCACUUGUGAUAUCUAGAAAUGCUUAAUACUUUUCCUCCUAUUACUACUCGAGGUUAGCAAUGUCACCGGUGAACGGUGAAAGCCAUAAUAUAAAAAGGAAGCAUCGUUAAUUAAAGUAUGGAAUCAUAAGGCCAGUAAGUGCACAUGUGCUUACAAUUGACGCUAACUUCAGAGCGAAUUAGAAAUUCGUCAAGAAAUUAAGUUUAUCCCUUCCCUGUAUAUAGUUCAACUAUAGCCUAAAUUUACUAAGAUGAAAAUCUUGUAAAAAUCAGUAUCUAAAGAGUGUUAGCCUUGCAAAAGUUGUUUUACCUAAUAGCAAGUAUUGUAAAAGAAGAAAAUAGAAUAUCGUCAAACAUAAAGCAACAACGACUUAUAAUCACCAUGUAGCCUUAAAAAAAUUAUCAGAUGCUUGUAGUUUUAAGUUAAAAAAAAAUGUAAACCUGUAGAGUAUUAAAUAUUACCAAUUUGUAUUGAUCUAGGAAAAUUUUAAAUAACCGAAUUCAAUAAUAGAUUCUAAUCGCUACUAUCGAUUUCGAAAAUGGAUCAUAUUGCAUGCUUAAAUGACCUAUUUCGAUUGGUUUAUUGGGAUUGACCUGAAGUUAGCGUUUGGUAUCGUUUAUUGAAAUUAGCCGUAAAUCUAAGCAGACGAAUGUCUGAAACAAUUAAAUGGUGAUAACGGA